CUAUUUUACAUAUCUAUAUACCCCGGGUAGGGUAGCGGAAAAAGUUUAAGAAGCCCUGAUCCAGGGUGCCUGCUCCAAAGUUUUACAUUUCAUAUCAUACUUUUCUCUUCAUCUCUCACCACCUUCCUCCGCUGCCCCCCACCGCCACCUUCAUCACGGCCAUUCCUCUCUGUCCUUCUCUUUCUUCUUCCACUCUUUUCCCCUCUCCCUCUCUGGUACCCUCUCUUUUCCUUCUCUUAUUCUCCCUUCCUUCCUUCUUCCUUCCUUAUCCUUUUAGUGCCCCUGUUCCAUCCCCCUCUCCCUCUGCCCACCCUCCUCCCAUCUUGUUCCACUGUAACCGCCACCUCCCGGUCUUCGCAGAUUCAGAAGGCCGAGCCCAGCCAGCUACAUUGGAAAGAGCAACACUCCUGGCCCUCCCGUCCGCCCGGCCCUGGCCCCGCCCGAUCCCCGAGGACGCCCGGACAGCUGCUCGAAGGCAUUGUCACGCCGCCGCAUCCUGCUGCCCACGGAGCCCGGUUGCCACUCGCUGCUCCCCUCGGCGGUUCUUCUCCAGUCCUCGGCUGCUCUUGCUCCUGCCUGCCCAAGCGGGCCAGCCUCUCUCUCCUUUGGUUUUGCCGCCACCUCCUCCGGGAAGUCUCCCGAGAGGGAAGGGAAGCAUGCAGGACGCCUGCCAGAAGGAUGCGGCCCCUGGGGGGCAGAACCUUGGGGGCCGCAAACAGGAGGGCCAGGGGAUACCAAAGCUACCCAUAUCCAGAAAGAUCUGCUAUGCCCUGGGAGGAGCUCCAUACCAAUUGACUGGCAAUGUCAUUUCCUUCUUUCUGCAGAUCUUCCUCUUGGAUGUAGUACAGCUGGAUGCCUUCUGGGCCUCUUCUGUGAUCUUUGUUGGCCGAGCAUGGGAUUCAAUAUCUGACCCCAUUAUUGGCUACCUAGUGAGCAGAAGUCCCUUGAGGAAGUGUGGCAAACUGAUUCCAUGGACUUUGGGCUCUACUCCCUUCGGUGUCUUGAUGUACUGCCUCCUCUGGUACACACCCUCUGACUACCUACCCAGCUCCUCGAAGUUCUUCUGGUACCUGACCACCUACUGUUUAUUCCAGACAUGUCUGAGUUGCUACCAUGUGCCAUACACUUCAAUGACCAUGUUCCUGGGAGGAAGCCAGAGUGAUCGAGACUCUGUCACUGCCUACAGGAUGGCGAUAGAGAUUCUGAGUACCCUCAUUGGCAGUGGCCUCCAGGGGCUGAUUGUGGGCAAACAUCAGGCCAAAAUAAUUUCCAACUGCCAGGGACUCAAUGGAUCCCUGUUUAAUGAAACUGUGAGCAACUACACUUUCCCAUCAACCGAAACCUUGAAAAACGCACGAGCAUCGUAUCUGAUAGCAGCACUGAUCAUCAGUUCCCUCUACUGCUUCUCCUGUGCCAUCCUUGUCCUUGGGGUGCAAGAGCAGCAUGAGCCAUCUGGGAAACAGGACCAGUCCAGACUCCCAUUUAUUCACAGUCUGUUCAUCAUCAUGAGUCACAGGACCUACACGAUCCUCCUAAGUGGAUUUCUCUUUGUCUCCAUGGCAUUCCAGAUGGCCCAGGGGAUCUUCGCCUUCUUCUGCACCCAUGCCGCUGGUCUCUCGGGGUAUUUCCAGUAUCUGUUGCUCAUCCUACUGGUGGUAGCCUGCUUCACCAUUCCAUUCUGGCAAUGGUUCCUGGUGAAGUUUGGAAAGAAAAAUGCAGUUUUUGUUGGAUAUUCACUCGUCAUCCCAAGCUUCAUUAUUUUGAUUCAAGUGAAAAACAACUUCCUCACCUUUGCUUUCCUUAUGAUCCCAAUGGGCUGCAGCAUAGCUGUCCUUUUCUUGUUGCCAUGGUCCAUGCUCCCAGACACCAUAGACGAUUUCCAACUAAAGAACCCUACCUGCCAUAACCUGGAAGCAUUCUUCUACUCUUUCUUCAUCUUUGUCAACAAGUUUGGAGGUGGUCUGGCCCUGGGGAUCUCUACCAUGUGUUUACACUUUGCAGGCUACCGCCCUGGGACCUGUGAGCCAAACCAUAGGGUUAUACUGGUUCUCCGAGUGCUCAUGGCCCCCGUUCCCAUCACCUUGUUAAUCAUCGGCCUGACUAUCUUCUGCUUCUACCCCAUUGAUAAGAAAAAGAAGAAAGAGAUCGGAACAAAGAUUGAGGCAGCCAAGUGAGUCCCCAAGGCUCUCUAUAAAGAAGGAAGGGCCUGGUACCACCUUGGCAGCCUGGUGAAGUGGAAAGAAAAUUUCCCUGGACUAGGAAUGGGAAAAAAGAAAUAAAUCUCAAUAUACAAUAUACAAUAGCUUCUAUUUCUAGAAUACUUUAUAGUCUUCAAAACUUGUCAAGGAGACAGUAAUACAGACUAUUACAGAUGGUGAAAUUGAGGUCCAGAAACAGGAAAUAACCUCUCCACAGUCAUACAGCUAAUAAAUAAUGGAGUCAGGUUUUAAAUACAGGUUUCCUAACUCGAAGGCUAGAGCUCUUUAUCCUGCACCAUGCUAUCGGAGAAGAAAGAAAAAGAGCAAUAUGGACUGAGAAAUCCUUGAGGGCUUCUCAGAAUAGGUGGACUUUGCCAUCUUCUUCAGAGAAGGCACUGAGGAGAAAGUUUUUCACCAGGCAUCAAGACUGUAACCAACUUCUUCCUUCAUUCAUUUAAUCGACAACAUUUAUUAAUUGGCAUUUAUGUAUAGGAUCCUGUACAUAAAUGAGAAUUAAUGUUUGUUAACAGGACCCUAUGCUCCGUACUGGGAACACAAAGGAAUAUAAUUACUUUUACUCCUUGGCUUCUGUGAUCCUGUAUUCUCAAAGGUCUCCUGAAAAAGUUUAUCACCUGGGGAAAGACAAAUAUACAAAUAAUAAUGAUACGAGAAAGAGUAAGAUUUAAGUAUUGUUGGUGGUUCAGACACCCUGUGAGGAAUUGGAAUACGGAGACAUUAUUUCCAUAUUAUUGGAGAGAAAUAAAACAAAGACAUCAGGGAAAGCAUUUGGUUUGACAUCUGAGUUGAGCAUUGAAAAAAAAAAUGGAGAGUGAAAUAGAUAGGAAGAAUCCAUUCAAGGCAUGGAAUAUGAUAUGGGAAAAGGUACAGAGAGAGGGUAAGACAGUACUAAAACAGUGGAUAUAAAGUACUUCAGUUAGAAUUCAGAAUAUAUAAAAAGGAAUACUGAGAUUAGGUUGAAAAGGUUAGUUGAAGUCAGAUUGUAGAGGGUCUUGAAUACCAGAAUUGAGUUUUCCUCCAUCAUUCAGGGGAAGCUUUUGAAGAUUUCUGAAUACAGCUAUAACAGGAUUGUAAUAGUAAGUGGAAGACCACUUUGGGUAAUUGGAUGGAGGUCAACAUAGAGUGGAAAGAGACUGAAAACAACAAGGUAGUUGGAAAUAAUUACAGUAGUCUAGGGAAGUAGGGGGAAAGGGUUAUUAUAGGAGGAAAUGAAAAGAGAAACUUGAUUCAAAAUAUGAAGUAACAAGAGAAUUUGGCAUCUGUUUGGAUUCAAGGGCCACCAGGUCUCUAAGACUGGAGGAAAGAAAAGUAAAAUGAGAAAGGAUGCUGAUUAAUAAGAAAAUAGGAAGCGUCAAAGGUGACAAAGUCUGGAUGACUUUAAGGAUGAGGGGGAUGUCCUAUGUGAAUAGGAGAGAAAUUGAGAGAGGAACAAGUUAGGAGAUGGAGAUGAGGUAUUCAGAUGUUUGCAUUCAACAGCUAGGAAGUAUUAAGUGUCUGAAGUCAAAUUUGAACUCAGAUCCUCCUGACUUCAGGGUUAUUACUCUAUCCAUUGUGCCAUGUAGUUGCCCCAUUCUUGAGUGCCAAUGGAAUAUCCAGGCAGGAGCUAUUUAGAGAAAGGAAGGAGGAAGGGAAAGGAAGGGGAGGGAGGGGAAGGAAAAGGAAAAGAUAGGAGAAGGGG